AUGAAACAUUUCCGGCAGGCUCGUCACCGGUAUGAGUGCAUGAGGUGGAUACGUGAGGGCAGAGCUGAUCUGGUCAGGGUAGAUGACACGGACCUGUUUGCCGCAGGAACUUUUUACAACCUUACUCCCGUCGUGGCGGAGAAAUACAACAGAGUUCGUGGAGAAGCAGCAUUCCGCUAUAAGGCUGUAGCUCUGAUCAAAGCUGGUGGGCCCGUCACUUCGUUGGAUGCUCUGCGAGGCCGGAAGUCUUGUCAUACCGGCGUGGGGAAAACUUCCGGUUGGGUGGUUCCGGUAGCAAAUCUCGUUACUAAGGGUUUAAUGACGAUUCAAGAUUGUGAAGGUUCUGUAAAGGCCGUAGGAGAUUUUUUCAGCGAGAGCUGCGCGCCAGGAGCCAUGGAUCCGCAGAACAACCCAAACGGUAACAAUCCGAGCAAUGUGUGUGCGUUGUGCCAAAACCCCAGAGCGUGUUCGGAAGCCGAUGUGUACUCGGGUUAUCUCGGCGCUUUCCGAUGCCUGCACGAAGGUGGCGGAGAGGUGGCUUUCGUUACGCACACGACAUUAAAUGACGCUACAGCGUAUUACGUUAACCGAGAACUGACACCUCCACGUCAGGAGGAUUUUCGACUUCUGUGUCCUGACGGUCGAGUAGAGGAAGUGGCUAACUGGGCAAAUUGUAGCUGGGCCACACGUCCUUCUGAUACUAUAGUGACGUCUGCAGCUAAGCCCAGAGAGAUGACAAGCUUGUACCGGAGUGUUCUAGUCCGUGCAGCCAGGUUCUUCGGCCCCGGAAGUCGAGAGUUCCGGAUGUUCAACUCAGCGAAUUAUGGUGGAGAAAAUCUCAUCUUCAGCGACAGGACCCGUGUACUGGAGGGGCUAGACCCUGAUGAGGGUUACCGUCAACAGAUGGAUGCCGGUUAUUUAGCUACCAUGUAUAACUACACAAACUGCCGCACAAAGAUGAGACUGUGCAUGACUUCGGCUGGAGAGGAAGUCAAGUGUAAAGACAUGCAGGCGGCGUACUUGGCGAACAGAAUCACGCGAGAUUUGAGCUGCGUGAGAGCCGGAAGUGCUGAACAGUGUCUGAACAAACUUAAUCAAAAAGAGGCUGAUUUAAUGUCAGCGGGUGGCUCAGACAUUUACAAAGGUGGACGAUAUUAUAACACUGUUCCGAUAGCCUCAGAGAGUUCCCAAACAACAGGGGAUGGUGAGGACGGUUACUGGGGGGUGGCAGUCGUCAGGAAAGACAAUAACGACAUCGACAUCAAUAAUCUGAAGGGGAAAACGUCUUGCCACACUGGUAUAGGGAAAAGUGUUGGUUGGAAUAUCCCUAUCGGCUUGUUGGUGUCCAAGGGGGAGAUAACCGAACAAGCUUGCGACGUGCCCAGAUCUGUCGGGGAGUUCUUUAGCCGCAGCUGCAUUCCCGGUGCGCUGGAUUCGAAAUACAAUCCAAAGGGAGACAAUCCGAGUACUAUGUGUUCCAUGUGCGGCGGUGCGGACAAGUGUGCCAGAAAUAGCAGUAAUCCGUUUUAUUCGUACAAUGGAGCAUUUCGCUGUUUCAUUCAGUUUAAUGCUGAUGUUGCGUUCGUUGCACAUACGACCGUUCCACUGAAUACAGACGGGCGCAAUCCCCAACCCUGGGCCCGGAACCGAAGGUCACGUGACUUCGAACUACUGUGCCAGGAUGGAAGCCGACAGCCAGUCACAAGCUGGCGCACGUGCAAUCUCGGAAGAGUUCCGCCGCACGCCAUUUUGACUCACAGUGACGUCUCUAGUGAAACGCGCAGGUAUUUCUACGAUGUCCUCCAGACGGCGCAGUUACAAUUUGGCAACGACACCAACGUGAAAUUUAAAAUGUUUGAUUCGCCCUCAAAUUCUUCCAAUGAAAUUUUUAAAGACGACACAGUAUGGCUUCGCUGGAUUUCUCUUGAGCGUCAAAACUACGAGGAAAUCCUAGGUGAAGACUAUCUCAACACGCUUACCGCCUUGGACAUUCGCCAAUGUGUUUAG